AUGUCGCGCUCACGAUCUGCUCGUCGAGGCGACGAUGGACUCGGCGCAUCCAAGCAUCAGCAUCAACAUCGCCGCGCCAACAGCACCCCGGGUCCCAGAGAUGAUCUCCACGACGGAUUCGUCAAGCGCCUGGUCGGCAUCCUGGACAACCACGGCAAAGUCAUCAAGAAGAACGCCGAUUUCCUGGGUGAGAUCUCGUCAACACUGCGCAGCCAUUCCUACUCGCGUCUGCCACGCCCCGCCAGUGAGCCGGCUCUGAAGGUUCCCGCUACACCCAUCGUUCAACCUGCCACGCCCGACGACAGCCGUCUCGAGUCCAGCCCCGAGUUUAUGCCCCCCACACCACCUGACACUCCAACUGUCGAGGUAUCCGACUGGUCCCACCAGCCACCCAAGCCCAGCGAAGUCAGGUACCAGUACGAACAACCAAAGGUCCCCAAGAUUGUCAUCAAAGACCACAGCACUUGUACUAUGACAAUCGUCAGUGCUCCUGUUGAUGCCAUCAUGGACCUGUCGAUCUCUUCCCAGGACGACGCUGACGCUGUUGUCACCACUUCCACCCAGACCGAUAUCAAUCCCAGCAACAACAACACAGCCUUGGUUCCUGUGAACAAGAACUCGACCGGAGUCUCCAACACCGGCUCUUCACCCUUCAAGAUCCUACCCGUCGUCGAUGCAACCCCUAACAUGGCCACUACUGCUUCACCUGCAGCCGACUCGGUCGGCGACAGCACUGUCUCAGAGGAGGACAUCUCCCAGUGGUAUGCCUACCAUGCAGACCGCGCUGCUAAGAGCUUGCGCUACGACUUGCGUGAGAUCGACCUCAAGAUGAACCGCUUUGUUCGUCGUAUCAACGAGCUCAACUCGCAGUGCUCAGCCCUCAACGACCUCAUGUCAGCUCAUGCCUCCAACGCCUUGAACCCAAACACCCAGCAGCACCGUCGUACUAGAAGUACCCCAGCUGUCCAGGGCAACGACCACUUCACCCGCAAGGAGAAGCAGAUCCGCGACGACAUCAAGGAGGCCUUCCAGAGUCUUCGUUCAGCACUCACAUUCUAUCGCAAGCAGCGUGUGGCUCCUCUUGAGCUCGUCCACGCCAAAGCUGACAUCGUCAUGCCCGGUUACUGGUCCUUGGAUGCCUAUGGCAAGCGUCGCGCCCUCUUCCACUUCUACAACCGCAACAAGGACAUUUCCAAACCUGGUGAUCGUGCUCGCUAUCAUGAUGCCAUGGCUCUCCUUGACGCAUGCACUGCCAUGUCUUUGAACCAGGACUUUGUCGACAAGAUUGACAAAUGGGAGAGCCUGAUCGGUGCCAUGAAGAGCCAGUCCGGCGCUGAUACGGUUAUUCCUUGA